AUGGUGGCUCCGGCCUCGACCGGAGUGAGCCCGAUGGCCAACCGGCCCUCGAUGGGCCCCCAGCCAACCCGGUCUUCAAGCACCCACCCGUCGCAUUCCCACAACGUACCCUUGAGCGCUCGAAGAUCAGCACCGCUUGACCUGGCUACCGUAGAACGACGUGGCCAAUCCAAUGCCCCUCGCGAGCCUUCGAAGCGCAUUCGCCCUCAUGGCAUUCCCGAGGCCCCGACAUUUCGCCCAACCGAGGAGGAGUUCAAGGAUCCUGUGGCGUACAUCCAGAAGAUUGCGCCCGAGGGGAAGAAAUAUGGCAUCUGUAGAGUUAUCCCACCGGACAACUGGCAGCCAUCGUUUGCGAUUGAUACAGAGAGAUUCCAUUUCAAGACCCGUCGACAAGAACUCAACUCGGUCGAAGGAGGAAACCGCGCCAACAUGAACUAUAUCGAUGGGCUCGCCAUGUUUCACAAGCAGCACGGGACGAAUUACAGCCGGUUACCCAGCGUCGACAAACGCCCUCUGGACCUCUACAAGCUGAAAAAGGCUGUUGAAACCCGGGGUGGAUUUGAGCAAGUGUGCAAAACCAAGAAAUGGGCGGAAAUCGGUCGCGAUCUUGGAUAUAGCGGAAAGAUCAUGUCUUCCCUGUCGACCUCGCUCAAAAAUUCCUACCAGCGUUACCUACAGCCUUACGAGGAGUACCUCGCUCGGGCCAAGCCUGGCGUCCAGCAGCAGCUUGAGAUGGAACAUGGUGGUCCUUUUACCCCAUCCCCCAGGAACUCUCCUAUGCUCAAAAAGCCGAUAUUGGACGAAAAUGGCACCCCUUCCAAACCGCGUGAAGAAACACCGUUAAUGCGAAUGGUGCCGGCUGCGAGUACUCCAAUGCACAAUCCCGCUGAUAUGCCCACCCCAUCCGUCGAACCCACGCCCCCUCCGCGUCCAGCGCCCUCUGGCUUUACCCCCGUAAAUGCUGGUCUAGGUGGCUUUACUGCCGUUAACCACUCUCCUGUGGUUGCCCAAUCGCCUGCUGUCCAAUCCCCGGGCUUUUCAGUGGUCAACAAUGGGCCAGCCAUUAAACACGAAGGGGAGAAUGGAACAGCAACACCCAAGCAUGUUAUUGACCACCCCGCUCAUUCGACCCCUGUUCCGAAUGACCCGGCCGGGCUUCCUGUGAAGCGCGCAAUCAGUCAUGACAGUGGUUCCCAGGCCGACAAUGGAGACGACGGAGGCAGCGGUCGGCGGAGCAAGCGCCUCAAGAAAGAUGGUGCUCCAACCGUGGCAGGCUCACAUAUGUCCCUUCUCCGACCCGCACUACCCAAGCCACGCAAGGAUGGUGCGCCGCGGACCGGCGAGAAAUGCGAGUCAUGCGGGAAGUCUGAUGACCGUUCAACAAUUCUUAUGUGCGAUAGCUGCGAACUUGGAUACCACACAACCUGCCUCGACCCAUCUACAACAGCUCCUUCAGACUAUGAUUGGCACUGUCCCAAAUGUCUAGUAGGAACUGGCGAGUUCGGAUUUGAAGAUGGAGGUGUUUAUUCACUAAAGCAAUUUCAAGAAAAGGCGAAUGAGUUUAAGAAGCGCUAUUUCGCUUCCAAAAUGCCAUUUGACCCUGUUCUUAACACCCAUCGACGGGAAACCGAGGAUGACGUGGAAGCCGAGUUCUGGAAGCUAGUGGUGGACUUACACGAGACGGUUGAGGUCGAAUACGGCGCUGAUAUUCACUCUACUACUCACGGCAGUGGAUUCCCCACCAUUGAACGAAAUCCUCUUGAUCCUCAUUCCUCUGAUCCUUGGAAUUUGAAUGUUCUCCCUUUCUAUGGUGAUUCGCUCUUCCGUCACAUCAAAUCCGAUGUGUCUGGGAUGACGGUGCCUUGGGUCUAUGUGGGAAUGUGUUUCUCUACUUUCUGCUGGCACAACGAGGAUCAUUACGCCUAUUCGGCCAACUAUCAGCAUUUUGGUGCGACCAAGACCUGGUACGGAAUCCCCGGAGCCGAUGCACAGGCAUUUGAAGCAGCUAUGCGCGAGGCAGUCCCGGAAUUAUUCGAGGGCCAGCCCGACCUUUUAUUCCAACUCGUCACUUUGAUGCCGCCGGACAAGUUACGAAAAGCCGGUGUCAACGUCUAUGCGGUGGAUCAGAGAGCUGGUCAGUUUGUCUUGACAUUCCCACAAGCGUACCAUGCUGGCUUCAACCACGGCUUCAACUUCAAUGAAGCAGUGAACUUCGCUCCUGCCGAUUGGGAACCUUGGGGCGCAGCGGGAGUGGAACGCCUGCAAACAUUCCGCCGGCAUCCGUGUUUUUCUCACGAUGAACUUCUUUUCACGGCUGCUGCUCGCGAUACGACUAUCACAACUGCCAAGUGGCUAGCACCCGCACUGGAGCGAACUUGUCAUCGAGAACUCGCCGACAGAGCAUCGUUCCUGACCCGCCAUCGGGACGCUAUGCCUCACAAUUGUGGUAUUGGCACCAGCACCCCGACAGGUGAAUGUCAGCUUAAGUUCGUAGUGGAAGAGGAGGAUCUCCCGGAGGAUGACUACCAGUGUCAGCACUGUAAGACCUACACUUACCUCACGCAGUUCCGUUGCCACAAGUCAGGCAAGAGUCUUUGCUUGUUACAUGUUGAGGUUUACGACUGCUGCGGUGAGUCCCUGCCCCAGAAACUCCUGGGGCCAGGUCACACCCUGCGCUAUCGUGUCAGUGAUGAUGAGCUCAAGGCAGUGGUCCAAAGAGUCCAGGGAAGAGCCAGAAUCCCCGAGAUAUGGGGGGAAAAGCUUGACAAGACCCUGGAGGAUGAGCCAAAGCCACAGCUGAAGGCUCUCCACCACUUGCUCAGUGAAGGUGAGAAAAUCCCAUACCACCUGCCUGGUCUCCAAGAUCUUGCGGCCUUCGUCCAGCGUUGCGAUAAAUGGGUUGAAGAGGCGAACAACUACAUCACCCGGAAGCAGCAAAACCGCAGAAAAAACGAAAAAGCAUGGCGCAAGGCUGGCUCCAAGGCGGCGCAGCUGGACGAUCGUGAUCGUGAAGUCCGCAGAGUGGAGAGUAUCUACGCCCUUCUGGCAGAGGCUGAUAAACUUUCCUUCGACUGUCCACAGAUGGCGGCUUUGGAAGAGAAGACCCGCGAGAUCGAAAAAUUCCGCCAGGAUGUUAACGCCGCCCUGAUGAACCCGCACACCCGAUCGACCCAGGAUAUUGAGGAACUCGUCGAGUCCGGCCGAAAUUUCAAUGUGGAGAUCCCGGAAGUCGAACAUUUGGAGAAGAUUUCGCAACAAAUGAAAUGGACGGAAGAUGCCGCUCGUAAGCGGGACCAAUAUCUCACCCUAAAGGACUGCCAGGAGAUUAUUGCCACAGGACAACAACUAGGACUUUCUGACACCAACGAGCACCUGCUCCAUUUCAAGGAACUCGGACGACAUGGGGAAGCUUGGGAAACCAAGGCCAAAGAGUUGAUGGCGGUCGAGGCUGUACACUACCAGCAGUUGGAAGCUCUGUCCGCGCAAGCCACCCGCUUCCCAGUUUCCCCUGAUAUUCUAGCUGCUGUUGACGCUAUCUUGACCAAACAGCGCGAGGCACAGAAACGGAUCCAGACUCUUUAUGAAAAGAGCAAAGAUCCUGAUCUGAGGAAUCGACCUGUUUACAAAGAUGUUCGUGAACUUACCGAGUCUCUUGAGCAACUCAACAGUCGACCAAGUGGAGCCAUUGACUUGGAACGGGAACAGAAGCGCCACGAGGACUGGAUGAGAAAGGGCAAAAAGCUGUUCGGCAAGGCCAAUGCUCCCUUACACAUUCUGAAAUCUCAUAUGGAGUACGUGGAGAAGCGGAACUCCUACUGUUUCGACUUGGAGGACAGCUAUCGCCCUCCUGUGGAGCCUUCUUCCCGAGACAACACUCCGGAUGGGUUGCUGGAGAAUCCCAAUCCCAAUGUGUCCAAUGUCUGGGGCCCGAAGUCUCGCAAGCGGGAUGUCUUUUGCAUUUGUAGGCAUUCAGAAGCAGGGAUGAUGAUUGAAUGUGAAGUUUGUCACGAGUGGUACCAUGGGAAAUGUUUGAAGAUUGCGCGAGGCAAAGUCAAAGAGUUUGACAAAUACACAUGUCCGAUCUGUGACUGGCGUCAGAAAAUCCCUCGGGAUGCAGCUCGUCCGAAAUUGGAAGACCUGCUAGACUGGCAAGCCGAAAUCGCUACUCUUCCUUUCCAGCCUGACGAGGAAGAAGUCUUGGACAGCAUCGUGAACCAGGCUACUGCGUUCCGUGAUUUCCUCCAAGGCUUCACCAACGCUGCUUGCACGACUACCGAGGAAGUGCCUACAUUGAUCUUCUACUUGCGGAAGAUUGAAGGUGCUGAGGUUCUUCUGACAUACGAGACCAACUUUUUCCGGCAGGAGAUUCAUAAGUGGGCGCCCGUUGCGCCGGAGCCACCACCAAUUCUGGAUCAGUCACUCUCGACCCGCAAGCCUCGGCCCACCAAGCAGCAAAAGAUCAUGGCACAACUUGGCGUUGAACGCCCCGAAGAUCUUCCAGAGCAUCUGCGGGUGAAGCAUAUGGCAGCGAAGCGCAAGUCGGUUGAUAUGCAGUCCCAGCCUCAGACUACUCCCCGACCCACCUCUUUGCAGCCCGCCCCGCCAACCCCAAACAGCAACCAGCCUCCUACCUCUGGGCCGACGUUGACUCCCAUGUCAGACUCGGCCAAUAACACAUCUUAUCCUUUCUCUGCCAAUUAUUCCCUGCCGGCCAGUGAUACCACACCGGCAUUCGCGCCUACAUCUUCCGCAUUUUUGCCUCACGUUGCCGAAGCUACUCGAUCCCCCUCUUUCCUGCCUCGCUCUCCCACGCCCCAACAAGGCAUUGAGCCUCCUCUUUUCAGUCCAUCUCGCUUCGAUCGUGAUCCUCAAUUUGUCAGCAGCAGCCCUCGUCCGAAUAUGGACGAUGUGUUUGCAGAUCUUACGAAUCAAGACGUCGAGCCCGAGGCAGAGGCUAUGGAGAACUCCCAUGCCAAUGAAGCCCUUGAGGCACUCAAUGCUAGCAAUGGCAGUAGCCGGGCACCCUCUCCCAAUGAUGAGUCUGCUCAAAACGGCGAUGUCCAUAGUGCUGGUCUCCAGGAUGCCACGGCCCCGGCCAAUGCCGAAAAGAUUGAGGCGGAGUCUUGA